UCUCAAGUUAAGAUGCUCAAUCGAUGCAGUUGAGCAAUAUUUUUAGAACAUAUUGUAUGCAUUCCACGAGAAUUUAGUGAUUAAUUGACGUAUUUGUGAUGCAACAUUACCGUGUAAACAAAGUGUUAUUUUGCUUUUGGUUUUUUUCCUGUCUGAAAUAUUAAAUUGAAUCAAAAUACAGCAAUUUUCAAAGUUUGAAAUUCAAACACAUUUUUCAUCGAAUAAGUUUAUGAAAAAAUUAUAAUAAGCUUCAUCAAAAGUCGAACAUUUCAAAUAAGAAUCGAAUAGCUUGAUCUGAAACAACUGAAAUCGAAUAACUUUAUCAACAAUGAGAAUAAAUUGGACACCUUUGUUCGGCGUUCCAUUGCAUCGUCGCUUGGAAGUUUUGAGCGUGGCGUUUUUCGUGUUCAUUUUUGCUUUCUUGGGUUCAAUCAGUAUUCCUAUCAUUGUUUAUUUACUGAUCGCUGGAAACAACUAUUGGAGAACAGUUUGCGGGUUAUAUUUAGCAUUUUUAAUCUAUGAUCGUAAGACGGGUUAUCGCGGCGGUCGAGGCAUUGGCAAAUCUUGGGUACGAAGUUGGAGCAUAUGGAAACACGCUAAAAACUAUUUUCCAAUCGAUUUAGUAAAAACAGCUGAUUUACCGCCUGACCGGAACUAUUUGGUUUGCGUGUUUCCACAUGGAAUUUUCAGUAUCGGUGCAGCUGCAAAUUUCGGUACAAGUCAUUCAAAAUGGUCAGCAUUCUAUCCCGGCAUUCGUCCAAGAUUGACAACGCUCAAAGCGAAUACACUCUUACCGAUAUCGCGUGAAAUAAUCUUAAGUUGUGGCGUCUGUUCGGCAUCGGAGGAUUCGUUAACCCAUCUAUUGAGCCAGUCGAAUGAUCCCAGUGCUAAGUCGAAUCGUGAUGGAUACACCUCAAACGCGGUGGCUUUGAUAGUCGGUGGAUUUCGAGAAGUUUACUACACUUAUCCAGACACCUAUCGAUUUGUUGUAGCAAAACGACGAGGUCUUGUGCGAGUCGCCCUGCAAACUGGAGCUUCACUUGUUCCGGCCAUUUCAUUUGGUGAAAACAAUUACUAUGACAUUGUUGACUAUAACAAAUCAGGAUUUUGGCGACGAUUUAUUCAAGAAAUUUGCAAACAGAAGAUCAAUCAUUUUCCACCAAUCAUUUUGGGCCGGGGCAUUUUCCAGUACAAUUAUGGUUUAGUUCCGAGGAGACAUCCCAUCACAACUGUCAUCGGCGCACCAAUUCAUUUGGAAAAAAUUGAAAACCCUAGCGACAAAGAACUCAACGAAACUCAUGAGCUGUUUUGUACAGGGCUCAGAAAGCUAUUUGAUGAACACAAAAGUAAAUAUGUAAAAAAUUCGGAAGAUGUUCAUAUGGAUCUAGUUUGAUUUCGUUGUGAGAUCAUAAUUUUGUUGAUUAUUGUAAAUUUUAAAAUGUUAAAGUUUAAAAAAAUCGAUGAAUUUUGCUUGAGAUUUUUAUUCUGAUUUCGAAUCGAUGAAAAUAAAAUGAGUAUUCAAUAGAGAUUGACGCAA